CGGUGGUCUCUUGAUCAACAACCCUACCGCUCUGGCCAUCCAUGAGAGCAAGUGUCUGUGGCCCAACAUGCCUGUGGAGUGUGUGGUGUCUCUGGGCACAGGCCGAUACGAAACCGUAGCCAAGGCCAGCUCGAGCACUUAUACCAGCUUGAAGACCAAACUCACCAAUGUCAUCAGCAGUGCCACUGACACUGAAGAGGUCCACACUAUGCUGGACGCCCUCCUCCCCCCGAACACUUAUUUUCGUUUUAACCCUUACAUGAGUGAAGACAUCUCAUUGGACGAAAACAGACAGGAGAGGCUGGACUUCCUGCAGGCCGAGGGUCGGCGGUACCUGGAGCGUAACGAGAAUAAGUUAAAGAAAGUGGCUAGUGUUCUCACUCAAGAAAAGGGCAUCGUUCAGAAACUAGCCGACUGGGCCCAGCUCAAAGCUGACAUGUACGAUGACCUUGCUUUUCGUUCCAAACUCUGAAACUCACACUCUAAACCACACUAGCACAACCACUGACAUUCUCCGUUGUCUGUUUAUCAUAUAACAAGGUAAACUGUGCACUACAGUUAAUACAGUGUUAAAUCUGUUGCCAUAUGACAGUUUAAAACAGAGAAACAAGUCUGUUGCCUCAUAUUGACGAGCACAUAAGAAGAUUGAAAAGGUUUGAUUUCAAGGCUUUAUUUUUAAUGUAAGAACAACUUGUUUGAAACGAAGAGCCUUAAAAGCAUGAAAUGUUAGUGGCAGCACUGACUAGCUAGCGCUUAUAUUUUCUGCUUUUCAUUUGUUGGGAUGCACUAAUGUUAUUUUGAUCGAUCAAUUAACAAUAGGAUAAAGUUGCUGUUGUGUAGCGUCUCCCCUCGAGAACCUGUAGUAAUAGUCUUUCUGACUGUACUGUAGUUAGCAUGAGGAGAGCUGCUAAAUGCACAGACUAAAGUAUGUGUAAAUAAUUUUCAACCUAACUUUUUAAUUUAUUUACAUUCAAAUGAUCAACCUUUAAAUUAUGUGUCAGACCGCAAAGGGGUCCAGCAGCACUGAUGUUUUAAAGAUUCUGCACACAAUGUUUCGAAAGCACUUAAUUGCUGUCGUAUUAUUACUAAAGACGGUUUGCAUUAAUUAUUAUAGAAAUACUAAUGUCUAAGUGAUCCUUGAUUUUGUGUAUUAUGUUUGAAUGCAUCAGUAUACAUUUUUAUUUCCUUCCAUGCGCACUUGGCUGGAAAAUAUUUUACAGAAUUUGUUGGUUCUGUUCAGACUGAGUGUAAUAUAUUGUAAAAUAUAAACCCUUGAA